UUGCACAGCCGACAGAAGAAGCCGACACCUAAAGCAAAGAUGAGCAACUCCGUCGGAACGAACGCUCGAUCGCGGCCCGUAUUCAUUGAUGAGGAUCAGGUGAAGGAACUGCUUAACUGGAAUGAGGCACGAACCGCCCUGGAAACCGCAUUCGUGUCCGUCUCGAAUCAGGCACGCGAUCCAGCGAAACGGUUCCCCGAUCAUCCGGUAAGCUCUCAACCGGCCCGUACCUUCGUGCAAGCAGAUGGUGGAAUACUGCUUUGCAUGCCCGGUUAUGUCGGAUGCCACAGGGUAAAGGCGGAUUCACCGGCGACCGAUCGUGUCUCGACGCUGGCCUGUAAGCUGAUCACCAGUUUCCGGGGUAAUGCUGCGGCCGGUUUGCCAGCGAUCAACGGUGAGGUGUUCCUGUUUAACAGCAGCACCGGGAAGCUGGAUGCGAUCGUCGAGGCCAACUAUCUGACCGGGGUGCGUACGGCGAUGGCAUCGAUCGUCGCGACCGAGCAUCUGUUCUUGCGACCGGAACAACGGCUCAACCGUGACGGUGCAUCGAUCCAGCUCGGUAUCGUGGGCUGUGGGUUUCAGGGUAUGAUGCACGCCGUUGGUUUCGUGCGCACGCAACCGCAGCUGGCCAAAGUAAGAAGCAUCCGGCUGUGGAACCGUACACCGGCCAGGGCACUGCAGCUGCAGACCAUACUGCAGGAGGAAGCGAAAAAGACUUCCAGUGAUUAUUCCGUGUUCGUGUGCGAUACGGUGGAGGACUGUUGCCGUGACUGUGAUGUGAUUGUGACGGCCACCGGUUCCAGUGAACCGUUGGUUUACCGGAGCUUCCUCAAACCGACCGUACAUAUUAAUGCGGUCGGCGCUGGGCAGUAUCAUCAUGCGGAGCUGGCACAGGACGUGUACGAUCACUGUCAGGUGUACAUCGAUCAUUGGGAGGGUGCACGGAAGGAGCUGGCCACGCUACGAUCGACCAUUGUCGGUGAGGUGGGCGAGGUGAUUUUGCGCCAAGAGAAGACGGCACCCGAGACCGACAGUCUCUUACCGAAGCGACCCGGUAUCAGCGUGUUUCAGUCACUCGGUAUGGCCACGGAGGAUGUAACGGUUGGGCGGUUAGUGUACGAAAAGUAUCUCGAUCGCCAGAGAGCAUUGGGAGAGUGAUUUCGCUUUCGAUUCGGAUUUGAAACGGAUUACAACGAUCUUUGGAAUGUAUUCCUUUUUAUUGAAGUAUAAAAUUUGCAUGUAAAAUUGUA